AUGAAUGAAAAUAGUAUAAAUAAUACAUCUCCUCAGCACAAACAUUAUUAUACUUAUGACGAUCCUCUGAACGAGAAAAAACUUAGAGUUUGGGUGGGCAGUAUCCCCGGAUUCGUCGAAACUGACGAUCUGCUCAUUGCCCUGGAAGUUGCAGGAGUUGCUCCAGUGAACGAAGUGGUCUUCAAGAAGUGCCCCGUAAGAAGUUGGGGAUUCUUGACUUUUAAAACAUUUGAAGAAGCUUCGGAGUGUAUAGAUUUAAUAAACGGAAAGCAACUUUUUCCACAAUCGGAUUUUAUUAUAGAGGCACGCUUCGCAAACCCGCACGAAGCGAAGGAUAACCACGAUUCAUCCCAGAAGAACGAAAAUCACAAAAACCCGAGCCUGCUGAGCGAGGCGCACCGAAGCUCAUUACUGAACUCGCUGACGGAGGAGAGCUACGACAUGUUGCAGGACGCAGGAAGGACGACACUGUGGCACGUAUACAAGGACGAGAACGGAGUCCCCUACUACUACAACUCAAUCACAGGCCACACGCAGUGGGAGCGCCCAAUCCCGCCGCUCUUGGCAGUUGAAGCCUCAACAUCCUCCCUGAGUGACCGUAACAGGCUGAGUGCACCCCCGGGCUCAAAUCUUUUCAUCUUUCACAUCCCGAACGUUUGGGACGACACGGAACUAUCGAUGCAUUUUACCCCCUUCGGCAACUUGGUAUCCGCAAAAGUGCAAAGGGAUGCAAACGGUUGCAAUUCAGGUUUCGGAUUUGUAACAUACGACAACCCGGUAAGCGCGACCGCCGCGGUACAGCUGAUGAACGGUUUCGCAACACACUCAAAAUUUUUAAAAGUGCAGCACAAGAAAAAUGACACUGCUGAGUAG